AGUGUUACAAAAACAUCAUUAAUUACCUCAAAAACCUUUUACACAAACACAAAUAUCAUUAUCAAAAAAAAUCUUAACCAUGUCUUCCUUUAAGGCUUAUGGUAAAGUCGACGAAUCCGCCCAAGCCAUGUUCGAAGUUCGAAGGAAAUCGCGAAAGCGAAUAACCAUCAUAUGCUUGUCCACAGUUGUCCUUAUUGGUAUCGUUUUUGCAGCGGUGUUUGGAACCAUUGCUCACAACAAUGCUCGUAAUGAUGACAACAACAACAACGAGAAUGAUAACAACGAUCAAUCUCUUUCAAGUGCAAUUAAGGCUGUUUGUGAUGUUACACUGUACAAGGAUUCAUGUGAAAAAAGCCUUAGUCCUCUUGUUCAACCGGGUCAGCAAAUUCGACCCGAGGAGUUGUUCAAAUUGUCUAUUCAAGUGGCAUUAACUGCGGUAUCGAAAGGUGUUGAGUAUUUAUCUGACCAUGCAACUUUUAAUGACUUGAACUUGAAUUUAGAUAAUAGAACAAAGGAAGCUUUGAUCAAUUGUAAGGAUCUUUUCGGUCUUGCUGUUGAUGAUUUGAAUAGCUCUUUGUCUUAUGGAGGGAAAUCUUCUUUGCUUGAUGUUUUGGAGGACCUUGAAACAUGGUUGAGUGCUUCAGGUACUUACCAGCAAACAUGCAUUGAUGGUUUAGAACAGGCAGAAGAAGCAUUAAAGUCUAGUAUUACAACCAAUCUCAAAAACUCUACAGAGUUUACAAGCAACAGUCUUGCCAUCAUCACAUGGCUCAACAAGGCUGCAUCUUCGGUGAACUUUAGACGCUUAUUGAGUUUAUCGCAUCAAAACGAAGAACCAAACUGGCUUCAUCAUAAAGACAGAAAGUUACUUCAAAAAGACAGUGAUUUGAAGAAGAAAGCCGACAUUGUUGUCGCGAAAGACGGGAGUGGGAAAUACAAAACAAUUUCAGCUGCAUUGAAACAUGUCCCUAAUAAAAGUGACAAGAGGACAGUGAUCUAUGUGAAGAAAGGGAUUUAUUAUGAGAAUGUUAGGGUGGAAAAGACCAAAUGGAAUGUCAUGAUAAUUGGUGAUGGAAUGAAUGUUACUAUUGUUUCUGGAAGUCUUAAUUUUAUAGAUGGCACACCAACAUUUUCAACAGCAACAUUUGCUGUGUUUGGGAGAAAUUUCAUUGCCAGAGACAUAGGCUUUAAGAACACAGCCGGUCCACAAAAACACCAAGCAGUAGCACUAAUGACAAGUGCAGAUCAAGCAGUUUUCUACAAAUGUUCCAUGGAUGCAUAUCAAGACACACUCUACGCACACUCAAAUCGCCAAUUCUACCGCGAAUGCAACAUAUACGGAACAGUCGAUUUCAUUUUCGGAAACUCAGCCGUCGUAUUACAAAACUGCAACAUUUUACCAAGACAACCUAUGCCAGGACAGCAGAACACAAUAACAGCACAAGGCAAAACUGAUCCUAACAUGAACACAGGAAUUUCAAUUCAAAAUUGCAAUGUUUCGCCUUUUGGAAACUUGAGUUCUGUUAAAACAUAUUUAGGUAGACCUUGGAAGAAUUACUCAACAACAGUGUUUAUGCAAUCGAACUUGGGAAAUUUUAUUAGUCCAAAUGGAUGGUUACCUUGGGUUGGAGAUUCUGCACCAGAUACUAUAUUCUAUGCUGAAUUUCAGAAUGUUGGAGGUGGUGCUUCCAUGAAGAAUAGGGUCAAGUGGAAGGGUUUGAAAACCAUUACAAGUAAACAAGCUAAUAAGUUUACAGUUAAGGCUUUUCUUAAUGGAGAUAGAUGGAUCCCUGCUUCUGGUGCUACAUUUAAAUCUUCUUUGUAAGAACUUUGAAACAAAUACAGAAUACUAUACAAACUUUUGUUUGUAAUAUUUUUAUUUUCUUCUAAUACAUGAUAUCAUUCAACUUUUGUUACUGAAAUGACAUAUAUAUGGAUUACUUGAGUUUGAGGCUUCUGUUGAAACUCUAUGUUGGAACAUUACACCAAUUCUUGAGACUUAGAACUAGGGCCGUGUGAAUUCAAAAAAAAAGUCAAAGUCCCACAUUGCAUAGAUAGGGCCAAAAGUUAGAGGUGGUCCAUUUGUAUGUGUCCAAAUUGUUGGAUGAUUUGUACUCCUUUAUAUUUGAGAUUGAAAAGAUUCAAGUCAAA